GAACUUUCAGAGAUAACUGGGAGACGCAGGGAGCAGCGAGGAGAACGACCACAGCAAAAUGUACACAGUGGCAGCACCGAAGCCGCACAGCAGGCUUCCUGCGAUUGUUCUCUGCUACCUGACAUAUGUUCUCCGGUUCGGCUCAGCCCUGGUGGGUAAGUUGCACGGUUCUGUCGAGUUGCCGUGUGUGCACCAUAACCUGCCGGGCCCUAUAGAAGAGAUCACGGUGUACUGGCAGCUGAGGAAGCUUCCAAAAGAUCUAGUGGUCGCUGCAGUCAUGAAUGGGGUGGUGGACACAACGUAUGUGGACUACUUGUUUCGGGGCCGUGCUCACCUUAAUCCUGACGGGUUACAGGCUGGAAAUUUUAACCUCAACCUGACGAACCUGUUAUUAAAUGACAGCGGUACCUACACCUGCAUCAUACUGUGGAGUCCGUCCUAUAUCAGCAUCAUCAAUAACACCACAGUGGAGCUGGAGGUGACAGCUGAAUUCAGUACUCCUGUGGUGGACAUCCCUUCGCCAGGGAAUCUUCUGUAUGGCCAGGAGCUGACAUUGACCUGCACAUCACAGGGAGGACUUGAGCAGCCAAGAAUAAUGUGGAUAAACAUUAGUGAUGGCAGCGAGCUCCAGGACGGUCAUGUCCAGCAAGUUGUUCACCAAGAUGAAGAUGUCAUCAAUGUGACCAGCACAAUCACGCUCAACGUCACGUCCAACAUCUAUAUCCUGUGUGUCAUACUCACCAAGAAUGGGAAUCUGACAUCUCAGCACUAUAAGAUGGAACUUCCACAGAAGGAGACUUCCCAUGUCCUCACUGUCACCGUCAUCACUGGAGGGUUAGUGGGCGUGCUCCUCACUGCUAUACUGGUCGUCACACUGCGGCAUACACGACACACCCCGUCAUAUGAAGCCCCAACCAACCAAAUGUCCGAGCUGGGAAGAAGCUGAGACUAGGAACCAUGGCCGCCGACUGCUGUGCCACACAGUGCAGUUACCAUGGAGACCCUGGGCCAGAAGAUCCAGAUGACGAUCACCAGUAUGGCGAAGGAACGCAGGAGCUGGUCACCGCGGUGACGAGGACAUGGACAAGCCAUAGGGGCUGGUCUCAUACCAGAAUGGGAGUGGCUGUAUGGAGUAAUAGGAGGGGUUAUUCAGAGUAAUGGGAGGAGUUAUUUGGAGUAAUAAGAGGAGAUAUAUGGAGUAAUAGGAGUUAUAUAGAGUAAUGGGAGGCGUUAAAUGGAGUAAUAGGAGCGGAUAUAAGGCGUAAAAACAAAAGUUAUAUGCAAUAAUGGGAGGAGUUAUAUGGAGUAAUAGGAGGGAUUAUCUGGAAUAAUAGGAGGGGUUUUGUGGAGUGAUAGGAGGCGUUAUACAGACUAAUGGGAGGAGAUAUAUGGAGUAACAGGAGGGUUUAUAUCGAGUAAUAGGAGGAUUUCUAUGGAGUAAUGGGAGGUGUUAUAUACAGUAAUGGGAGGGGCUAUAUAAAGUAAUAGGAGGAGUUACAUACAAUAAAGUUUUAUGACGUAAUUAUGACGUAAUGGUAAGAGUUAUGUAGAGUAAUUGGAAGAGAUAUAAGGAGUAAUGGGAGGAGUUAUAUGGAGUAACAGGAGGGUUUAUAUCGAGUAAUAGGAGGAUUUCUAUGGAGUAAUGGGAGGUGUUAUAUACAGUAAUGGGAGGGGCUAUAUAAAGUAAUAGGAGGAGUUACAUACAAUAAAGUUUUAUGACGUAAUGGUAAGAGUUAUGUAGAGUAAUUGGAAGAGUUAUAUGGAGUAAUGGGAGGAGUUAUAUGGAGUAAUGGGAGGAGUUAUAUGGAGUAAUGGGAGGAGUUAUAUGGAGUAAUGGGAGGAGUUAUAUGGAGUAGUGGGAGGAGUUAUAUGGAGUAGUGGGAGGAGUUAUAUGGAGUAAUGGGAGGAGUUAUAUGGAGUAAUGGGAGGAGUUAUAUGGAGUAGUGGGAGGAGUUAUAUGGAGUAAUGGGAGGGGUUAUAUGGAGUAAUGGGAGGGGUUAUAUGGAGUAAUGGGAGGGGUUAUAUGGAGUAAUGGGAGGGGUUAUAUGGAGUAAUGGGAGGAGUUAUAUGGAGUAAUGGGAGGAGUUAUAUGGAGUAAUGGGAGGAGUUAUAUACCAUAAUGAGGGAAGUUAUACGAAGUAGUCCGAGGAAAUAUAAGGAGGAAUAACAUAAGUUAUAUACAAUAAUGAGAGGAGAUAUAUGAAGUAGUGGGAGGCAAUAAGAGCAGUUAUACACAAUAAUGGGAGGAGUUGUGGAGUAAUGGGAGGAGUUAUGUGGUGUAAUGGGAGGAGUUAUGUGGAGUAAUGGGAGGAGUUAUAUGGAGUAAUAAGGAGUUAUAUGGAGUAAUGGGAGGAGUUAUACGGAGUAAUAGGAUG